AUGAGUCAUUACAGACUAUUACAUGGCCAGUACUCUGCAACAUGCCCAUUACCAUGCCCCUUUUACCAUUGCAUGUGCAAUUUCAGAACCUUCAAUUCGCUAAAGGUUCAUAUGUCUCGAGUGCACGAUCAUGCAACGCCGAGGUCUGGGAGGGAAGUUGGCAGUAGGGUUUUCAAAUGCCCACUUUGUGAAUUUAGACAGCCGUUUGUUGAACGUGACAUGUUUCUCCACCUCGGUAGACAUUUACAACAAAAACAAAUAGUCCCGUGUCCAUUCAAAGACUGCACAUUUACCUCAAAUGUGCAUUCUACAUUUCGAUCGCACAAACACAGGGAACAUAGUAAUUCUUCAGACUAUGCACCUGAGCUGGUUCAGCCGAUUUCGUCUGACCCUCCUCAAAAUUGUGUCAGUGAGGAAGGGUCUGAUGAAUUCGAUGAGGAGGAACCCUUUCACUACGAAGUAGAUGACACUGAUGCAUUGGAUCAGAAAUUGGAAUAUAAUUUGGCUGCCUUCUUUUUGAAGAUGGAAUCGAUUCUUCAUGUUAGUAAUAGAGCAACACAAGAAAUUGUUGAGCACAUUGAUCAGCUCUUUACUCUCUCUGAACCCAUCCUGAAGAAAGUAAUUGGUGACAGUCUGAAAAAGCACAAUUGCCCUGUUACUGACACAAUUGUCACUUCAAUUGUGCAAGCAGUUUCAGAGUGUAACAUCUUACACAGAUCAGUGAAAAGUGAAGGUCUGCUGUCAACAGCCAAGAGGAGAAAGUCAUAUGUACAGCAGAGGUUUCCACAUAUCAAACCCAUUGAGUACCUUAUUGAUGGUACCCAAAGAAAAUGUGUUUAUGUGCCUCUUCUCUCGUCCUUACAGGAAUUGAUGAAAAAGCCGGAUAUUGCAGACAUUGCAUUUCAACCAAGAACCGCAAAUCCUGGGUUUCCACCAGACCUGCUGCAUGACCUCCUGGAAGGUGUAGUGCCUGUGGAGUUGGCCCUUUGCUUGCAAGGCAAUUCCUGUUGUACCGAUGGCCUCACCCCUGAAGUUGCGCGUCAUUUUGGCUGAUGACAACGCUGAAAUUCUUGUCUUGCCAUCUCGACCCAGUACAGUUGACGAACUAGUUUCAGAAAUUAAAACAAGAUUUGGGCUUGUGUACGACUUCAGACUUCAGUAUGAAGACCCAGAUUUUAAUGCAUUUUGCAACCUCGUCAGCAUUGAUAGCCUCCCAUCCAUUGCAACUGUCAAAGUGAUUCACGUCAUAGAAUUGAAUCUCAGCCCCGUAGACUUAGAUGUCAGCUCCAUCAGUACAGAUGACACCGUUAUUCUUUCCUCACCGGAGAGAAGCUGUAGGACUGAGGUCUGGCCAGAGUACUUCACUGUGCCAUCGUUUACCUAUGAGGUUGAAUAUAUUCUGAGUCAGGGCAAUACAGCCUAUGAGAAGGAAGCAAAGCCCCUGAAGCUAACUAAAGAUCAGAAACACAACAUAUUGGAGGCAAUGGCUAUAGAGAUGUAUAAAUAUGCUGGGUACCCAAGUGGCAAACAAAUUCGCCAAGCUGCUGAGGCUUUAGUGAAAAAGCAUCCGUGUCUGAAAGAGAAGACCGGAACAGGAUAUGAUGCCUGGAAAAACAGCCUUUUCUUUAAGAUGGGCAACUACCGUACGAAACUUAGCAGAGCAGGCCUGAAAGAGGUGUCAGUGAAUGCAGGAAAGCGUAGUCGACUUCACCCCACUGCUCCAUCAGCCCACUCUCAAAUCAAGCGCCCCAGACGGGGAGAGAUUAAUUACCUACCAAAUUAUCCCGCCGGUGAAAGCAAGGACAGCUUGGAGGCUCAAAGAAAUGAACUCCAUAGUGAGUUUCAGAAAGCUCCUGCCGAAAGAGAUGGACCACUCAUCUUCUUGCUCAUGCAGAGAACAUUCGCGUUGAGACGUGAGGAAAUAAUCAACAGUCCAAGGCCUAUUGCAGAGCUGAGGGAGCGGUGGCCUGCCCUCUUCUGUGAAGCCCAGCUUUACAAGGAGGUCCAUCGCAUCACGAACCAAAACCUCCCCUUCAACUUCUUCGCGGCACUGGACAAAUACACUCCACAGCUCCUGAACCUCUACAAAGAGAAGCAGACGGGAACCUUGGGCAAGAAAAUGGCUGCGCUUCUUUCUGAUUACAGUAAACAGGAUAAUGACAUCCAGGCAACCAGAACUGCUGUCCUGUUUGGCCUGGCCCUGUAUCUCAAAGAAGAUGCGUCGGAGAUUUUCAAGAGCUGCAAGGAAGUCGACUUCGAGGAAUCCCAAACAGGAGCUGUCACACUCCUUGCACUUACCGAAGACAAUCCAUCCGCAGUACCGUUCAACCCGCAGCACGUUACAGUCAUUCUGGAGGACCAGGUGGUUCUUUCACACAAAUAUUGGGUAGACGCACUUGUUCUUUUGUUUGGUCUGAUCUAUGCCCUGCACCUAGAGUACCCUGCAAAGCUUAAGGGUUUCUUUGAGUUUAUUCAGGUUGUCCUCCUGAACCUCGAUGAUGGAAGGUGUCAGAUUAAGCCAAAAUUGCUGUCACUCAAGAAUGAGUUAGAACUUGGUGUUUGAACAGGAUGAAUCUUUCAUCUAUCAAAACGUGUGCAGAACUUUCACUGUCGCUUAAAUAUUGGGCAGCCGCUCUUGUUGUUUUAUUUGGCCUGAUCUAUGCCCUGCACCUAAGUUUUUGUUUGUUUAAAAAAUGUCAUCAGUAAACAGUGUUGUACAGGUCUAUACGGUACAAGUGGGUGCCUAAGAAAAAUGUUUCAUGAUUAAUUUUGCCUGAUGUUCCAACCCUGUUGUGAAAAUGAAAAUUAGGGAUGAAAAAGUUUGGGCUGGUAUACGUACAGUCAAUCCGGAAAGUAUUCACAGCGCUUCACUUUUUUCACAUUUUAUUAUC